ACGUCCCCUUGCGAGCACAUUUUGUUGGAAUCGCUGAGCAGAAGCAGAGAAGAGCUGACGACUAUGUGCUUCCAACGCAGGUUGCCGGAGCCCCGUGUUUGCCAUUGGCUGCAGUUUUCUGGUUUGUGUGCAGCUUCCCCCAUCUGGAAUAUGAAAAUGGGAUUGAAGUAGAUAAUUGCUAGCAGCGGGUUUUCAAGAGAGGCUUAGAAGGAACAGAAUGCCUCUCACACAGCACAGGCUGCCUGCGCUGAGAGAGCUCUGAGAGAUGAUUUUAGAUGUUACCCACGUCUGAAUCUCCUGGAAACUUUACCAUGGAAGCAAGUCAUUGCGCACAGUCCUGGAGCUAACAUCCAAAAGGGGCAAGGAAGGGGCAGCAGGGCCAAACAAUGGGACACCUUGUCCUUGGAUUGCUCACAGAAAAGCCGGCAGGCAUUCCCCUCCGCUCCCCGGCAAAAAGGGCAUGAAGGUGGCGAUGAACUGAAUUUUACCCAGCASAGCUUCAGUGGCUUUUCGGAAGGAUGGGAUACACUGACCCUUCGUCAAGCCGGGAUUUGCUGGGAAACAGAACUUUGUUCUUCAUCUUCAUCUGCGCCUUUGCCGUGGUCACCUUGCUGCAGCAGAUCCUCUACGGGAGAAACUAUCUCAAGAGAGGGCUGCAGUUUAGCUGGCAGAAUGGAGAGGAGUUGGCAAAUUGGACCGGCACCUUUAAUUUCACGGAUGACGGAGCAGUGAAGAGUGGCAGUGACACAGGCACCAGGUAUUUUGAGUUUUAUGAAGGGCCUUUGGAAUACAAUUCUACCAAAUGCCUGGAAUUGCGGCAGGACAUCAUUGAGGUGAARGUCUUGUCCAUGGUGAAACAAACUGAAUUGUUUGACAGAUGGAAGAGCCUACAGAUGUGCAAAUGGGAGAUGAAUGUCACAGAAGCCAAUUUAUUCAAGUCUACUCUGUCGAGGUGUUGCAAUGCCCCAUCCUUUCUGUUCACCACCCAGAAAAAUACUCCCUUGGGAACUAAACUGAAAUAUGAAGUGGACACCAGUGGAAUUUUCCAUAUCAACCAAGAAAUCUUCAAAAUGUUUCCGAAGGAUAUGCCGUACCAUCGCUCCCAGUUUAAGAGAUGUGCAGUGGUUGGGAAYGGAGGAAUCCUGAAGAACAGCAGAUGUGGCCGGGAGAUUGACAGUGCAGACUUCGUGUUUCGGUGCAAUUUGCCUCCUAUAUCUGAGAAAUACUUCAUGGACGUUGGGGUGAAGACUGAUGUUGUGACUGUCAAUCCCAGUAUAAUCACGGAGAGAUUCCACAAGCUGGAGAAGUGGCGCAAGCCCUUCUACGACGUUCUGCAGGUGUACGAGAACGCGUCCGUGCUGCUGCCGGCCUUCUACAACACGCGCAACACGGACGUGUCCAUCCGGGUCAAGUACGUGCUGGACGAUUUCGAGUCUCAGCAGGCAGUUUAUUAUUUCCACCCCCAGUAUCUCAUCAACGUCUCGCGCUACUGGCUCGGCCAGGGCGUGCGGGCCAAGCGGGUCAGCACCGGGCUGAUCCUGGUGACUGCGGCCAUGGAGCUGUGCGAGGAGGUGCACCUCUUCGGCUUCUGGGCCUUCCCCAUGAACCCCUCAGGGAUUUUUAUAACUCACCACUACUACGACAACGUCAAGCCUCGCCCCGGUUUCCACGCCAUGCCCUCGGAAAUAUUCAAUUUCCUCCACAUGCACAGCAAGGGGAUCCUGCGGGUUCACACGGGGACCUGCAGCUGACAGGGACACUGUGACAGCGUGGUGGGAGCUCGAUGGCUUGUGUAAGGUGUGGGAGGUUUUAUUACACCCCGAGAUUAUGCAAUAAAUUGUUUGAUAUGAAUUUCCUCAAGGCAUUGCAUCCCAUCAGAUCUAGGAUACCAGCAUCUUUCCUGCUAGCAGAAUUGGGUCCAUUAAAUUGUAGGAGAACCAAAACUCCUGUGCCCCAGGGUGYGCGCUGUCCUGGAAAGCAAAUCAGAUAAGAAGCACAUUUACAAUAGAUUUAGGGAUAAAUAGAGCACAUUAAUAUAUUUAUCAUUUCAGAAUGAAGAAAAGCACCAAACUUUUGAGGAAAAACAGUGGUGGAGAAUUUUAGCAUAGACUGUAUGACUUUACAUAGGUUUCUGAAUCGAGUACCUUGGGGUAUUGCCAGAUUUUAUUGAACUCUCUGUUCUCUGGCCUUUAGGUUUUUGAAAAUACUCUUUAGCGUUAUAGCAUUAAUGGGGAUAUAUAACUUAAGAUCUUUGUUCUGUAACGUCACAAARUGUCGAUCAAAAAUAGCAGAUAGAUGUGUUAGGAAUAAACAAAAUCACUUUACAAAUUUUUUCAGCCAGGAUAGAACAGAAUGUCGAACUCCCAUUCACAGCAACAGGUAACUGUGUGAAUCAUGUUGUGACAUUGUUUUAGAGAUUCAUUCUUCUCCAUUCUUGUGUCUUGCAUUUCURUUCUCCUCUGCUGGUUGUGCUUCCUUUCUCCUUGUGUGUGUUGCUUUCCUUCUGGCUAACACAUGAGCAAUAUCUGCACUUCCUCCUCCAGCACCAUCUCAUCAUCACACUGGAAUCCUUGCUGAAGAGAUACGCUCCUUCACAAGGUUAAAAAGAAGAGCAAGGGGAUUACGUAGUUGUAUUUUACAAGUUCUUUUUUUUGGUUCAGUGUAGUAGAGAAAAAAAUAUCUCGUUGAUUUUUAUUAAUGUCUUUGUAAAGGUAUCUGAAUGUUGAUUCUCUGUUGUGCAGACUGAGUUAGCACAUUCAGGUAUCUGUAAUAAGUUAAUGUCAGGAAAUGUCGUUAAAAUGCAGAAAAGCUAUUUUGUGGCUUAGAUUAUGCUGCUUAUUUUGAAAUUACGCAUCUUGAGAUGUCAAAUGUCUCAAUGUGGUGUUUUUGUAUAUUGAGAAUGUUAUUGGGAUUGUAAAAGGRCUGGUGAUGUAUUCUUUAAAUGUCAUCAGUGUAGCUCUGUCAGGUAUGCCAAGCCUAAUUUUUCACCUGGCAAAAUCCUGAAGCAGAAAAGACGCCACAAGUUGCUGAAGUUUAUUUUGUUGUAGGCUGCUGGUAUGUGCCCUUUCAUUCUGCUUUGACUGCAUACCCAAGAGGUGAGAUUUGCUGCUUCAGCUGUGCUGGCAUAGUUAAAUGAACAGAGUUUUUCUGUCUAAGUCUGAAGCAYUUGGGCUGUUGCGUUGUCUUGUGUUAUGUAGAUUACAAGAUCUUUGAUCAACAGUUUGAAGUUUUAAGUUCUAUAUGAGGAUUUUUUUUUUUUUUUUUCAGAAGAGGGCAGGGGAUUUAAAUCCAAAUCUGGACUUGGAUUUUGAUUUUCUAAUGCAUGAAUGCACAAAGCUUCUUUUAAAAGCCUCUGUGCUAUGCUGAAAGCUGUGCAACUUGCUCACACUACAGAUAAAAUGAUCACAAAUGAAGUGAAGCACGAUGGUCACMAUUUCAAAAGUCUCUUCUGGUCAGCAGUGACCUGGAUUGUGUGUGAGGAUGUAUUUACUUUACACGAGACUCCUGAGCUCUAGUUGCCUUAGAAAUAACAGAGAUUCUCGAAAAAGGCAUCAGAACUCACCUGGGGAACACUGGCCAGGGCGGGUGAAGGACCAGUGUUUGAGAUUAAUAUCUUACUUGUGGUGUUGUGUUUUAGAUCUUAGAGUUACACUGCGUGUUCUUGAGCACCCCCUCGUAUCGUCUACCUGUGAAAUAGGCAGCACACUCAUGAACCUGUCGGUGAAGCGGUUUCCUUGACUCAAUAUGCAAAAGAGGUGUUUGUCUGUGCUGUGUUCUGUAAUUUGUGUGCAAAGGGCUUUGACAAUGAAGUGCUGUGAUGAAAAUGCUAUUUAGAGAGCAAUGUGACACUGCAGGUUGGCCGUCUCGCUGUGCAUUAAGCUUUAUGAUAACAGUGAUGAGGCUGAAGCUGCUGCUUGGAGCCCUUACUCCUUUUUCUGCCUGAGUUUGGGACCGGUAGCGACUUCAGGUUUGCUUUGCUGCUGCUGCUCUGCUAAGGUUACCUUCUUUAGUAAGAGAUUUUCCUUUAGCAAUGGUGAUCGAAGCGAACAAAAUCAGCUGAAAGGAGUCUGAUACGUUGCAAAAGACACUUCAAAAAAAGAAGGGAAAGCACUUGAGGAGCAUCCAUAUGUUGAGAGAAAUAGUGCAAAUCCCUCUUUUUGGUUGCAAGAAUCCUUUUGGACAGACAAAAGGAUAAGCAAAGCCGUAUUUGCAGUUMAUCUGUAAUUACGGAGUCACAGACAUUUCCUUUCCAUUGUUUGCUUCGUAGAAAUGAGCAAUGUAAAGUCACUGUAAUAAGUGCAGUUUUACUGUGUUUAGAUUUUGAUUGCUUAUAAAUCUAUAGCUACUAUAUUUUUUUAAUGAUUUUAAGAAGUGUGUGCAGGAUGCUCGCACGUACGCACCAAAGGCCCGAUCUUGCCACACUUAUCUGAAAAGAGCCCCCAUUCAAGUUGGGUGGGUAUUUUAUUUGUGUAGGGACUGCAGAAACAGGCCCAGAAAUUUCUGUGAAGGUGUACAUAGGUGUACAGUUAGAUAUAAGGAGUGAUUUGCAAGCCAGAGAGGUAAUUAUUGAAAUAUAUAUAUAAAAUAGUCCUCGAGAUGAAACACGUGUCGCAACAUGUUCACUUUCUGAUUCAUUUUUCAUGUGUUGCUCAAAAGAUGAUUGCAAAACUAUGGCAUUUGUCAGAAAUGCCAUAUGCAGAAGGGCUUUUGCAGAAAGAAGGACCCUCCUUGUUUUCUGCCAUCAUUCUUUUGUGUGCUGAGCAUAAGAAAAUGCUCUUUUGGCGUCUGUCAGUUGUCUGAGUUUGGGGCUGUUUUUUUUCCCUUCCUCCAUGUGGUCAAAGCUCCAAAUGUCCAAUAUUAACCUUUGAACAACGGGAUAUUUGAGUGAUAAGAAGUGACUGUCAGKAGUGUUUGCUGCAAGGAAAGGGUGUGUAUAGCACUUUGUGCUUUCCCAAACAAAAAGGCUUCAGGCCCCAGAGAAAUCCACCCCCACCAAAAAUCUGAUCUGUCCAUGAAGAAAAGCUGUCAGCUGUCUGGUACCACAUCCUGAGCUCGAGCUGUAAUCCCAGCUCUGCUGCCAAGGAUAUGAAGCCUGAGACGGGGAGAGAGAAAAUGCUGUGGUUUAAUCCCCAAUUCCUCAUUUUAUUGAGGAGAAUCUCUUAAGAAGUUCCUGAGAUCUGCAUACACUGUCAAUGCAAGUUCAUAAAAAACAUAACCAGGACUGCUUUGACUUCAUUGUCAGAAGACCGGGCUUAUGAAUCUGCCAGUUCUGUCAUCAAAGGGAAGGAAGCAUUUAGCUGGAAUAGUUCAUCUGAUUGCUUUUGAUUUUUGAAAUCCAACUUUGCUGUUGGACAGAAUGGCUUCAAUGGCGAURGGGCCAUUAUAAUAUUUUAGCAUAUUUCCCGUGAUUGCAACAGAGCUGUCAAAGCCAGCUCAUGAAUUGCAAAAAGGAGAGCCGUGCUGUGGCAGCUCCUCCUGCUGCUGUCUCAGGGAGGGGAGGCACCGUGCUCAGUGGGUCUGUGGCCUCCUGGAGAAACCAUGAGAAAAGAAUACAGGAAAUUGCAGGCACAAGGCAGGUCCAGAGCCUUUAGGACUGUGAAAUAACACGGCAGAGACAACAGAUGAAGUCUCACUGCUUGCAGCAAUCAGGGGUGGCUCCUCCAGUCCUUGAAAAAGCUGCCCCAAUGCAGGCAGGGCUGAUAUGGUGAGUGAAAGGUGAUGCUCACUGAGGAUGGCCAGAUGCAGCAGAAAGAGGGGAAGCAUCUCCAGGGGCAGUCCCCUCGCUGGGUGUGGGUGAACAGGUGAAGUGCUGCUGUUCUCUGAGGAUGGCCAGAUGCAGCAGGAAGAGGGGAAGCAUCUCCAGGAGCAGUCCCUUCGCUGGGUGUGGGUGAACAGGUGAAAUGCUGCUGUUCUCUGAGGAUGGCCAGAUGCAGCAGAUGGAAGGGAAGCAGCUCCAGGAGCAGUCCCCUUGCUGGGUGUGGGUGAACAGGUGAAGUGCUGCUCACAGCUCACUGGCAGUGAUGCAGCUGCAGGGAUGGGCAGAUCGUGCUCAGCUCUCCCUGGCAGCCAGGAGAGAUCUCUGCCCCGAACAGAGGGGAGCUGAGCCGGGGACAGCAUUGAGAUGGGGAGCAAGAGGGAACCUGUCCUUUCCGAUCUUCUGAGGUCGGGUCACUUGUCCACUUGUCCACUUGUCCACUUGUCCACUUGUCCACUUGGGCAGUGAUUGUGGAGGGCUCUGGAAUGUGCCUUUCCCCUGACCUUGCUUGCAUUUGUGUGUCCAGAGAGCUUUGGAGCUUUUAUGAGUACAGGAAGAAGAAAACAGCAAAAUU